UAGAUACACACAUACACGAGAAAAUGCAUUCACUCAGCUGGACGUCGAGAGUUAUUUCACGUGCCUUGCGCAGUGGAUUCUCCACGCUGAUGGAGUCUGCAUCCAAUGUCACAUCGGCUGGAUCAAACAAAUCUCGACCUCAUUUUGUGUCGGUAGUAUGUGGAUUCCCUAAGGAUUUUCUUACAUCUAAAUACAAACCUGGGAAAUAUGGAGAAGAUUCCUGGUUUAAAACAUCGACAUCGAAUUCAGAUGUGUUAGGUGUUGCUGACGGAGUUGGUGGUUGGCGAAGCUAUGGUAUAGAUCCUGGUGAAUUUUCUUCAUUUCUUAUGAAGACAUGCGAGCGCCUCGUCCACUGUGUAAACUUCAACCCGCAAAAGCCUGUAAAUCUCUUAGCAUAUAGUUAUUGCGAGUUACUGGAACAAAAGAAGCCUAUUCUUGGAAGCAGUACUGCUUGUGUGUUAGUGCUAAAUCGUGAAAAUAGUACUGUUUAUACUGCUAAUAUUGGAGAUAGUGGUUUCAUGGUUGUUCGCAAAGGUGAAAUAAUACAUAAGUCUGAGGAACAACAACAUUAUUUUAAUACGCCUUUCCAAUUGUCAUUGCCACCACCGGGUCAUGAUCAUAAUGUAUUGAGCGAUAGCCCAGAUUCAGCUGAUACGUUGAGUUUUCCAGUCAAAGAAGGUGAUGUCAUAUUAGUGGCAACCGACGGAGUAUUUGAUAAUGUUCCCGAAACGUUACUACUCGACGUUCUAAAGGAGGUGGAAGGUGUUACAGAUCCUGUAAAAUUACAGAUGACUGCCAACUCGCUGGCGCUGAUGGCACGUUCUUUGUCAUUUGACAGUGAAUUUAUGUCACCGUUUGCAAUUAAUGCCAGACGAAACAACAUUAACGCAACGGGUGGCAAACCAGACGAUAUAACUGUGGUACUUGCAACCGUAGCAAUGUAAUUAGAUAUUCUUAUUAU